UCAUAACAGAGUUUGUGUGAAGCCAGCAGGUUCUUUGUCACUCUAGAGUAAAGAAGCGAUACACAGCACUAAAGAGAAAGAUGAGCUACACAGCUGAGGAGCUUCUGAUCAUCUACGAGGCAGAAGCAGAGCAGUGGGCUACGUACCUGCGCUCCAUCUUCACUGGUCCCAUUCAGGAGGGUGGGAUCUGCUGCUACGACAUCGGUGCCGUGUCGAGCCGGCGGGUGGACUUCCUGUGUUUAGUCAGAUACAAAUGCAAGCUCCUGAUCCUGUCUAAGGGGAUGCUGGAGAGCAUGUGCCGACUUCGCCGGUUCUUUCUGGCCCGCCUUCUCUGUCCGGCAGCGAGCGUCGUGGUGCUCCUUUGUGGAGUGGACAGCCUGACUCCUCUCCUUGAGCUGGUGCCCCUGAAGGGGGGGGAGUGCCUGCAGAUCUCCAGUGAGCAGGAUGUACAGGAGUACCUGUCGGCUGUGACAGAAAUCGUGUACAGAGGUGCUCCAUCUCCAGAAGUGAAUCCCAGUCCUGCCACGCCUGGGAGAUUCCCUGGACCAGAACCAACUCUGUUGAGAAGGCAGUCCAGCAAAGCUCCCAGUGUCAAAAACAACAUUAUGGUUGUGCCUUCCAGAGUCGCCUGUGGGAGCCCCGGAGAGGUGUUCAUUCUCUUAACAGACAGCGUACUCAAUAACGAUGUUGAGGUGGAGUUCCUGGGAAGGGGUAGAAGAGUGACAGUGAAAGCUGGGCUGUGGAAUGAUCUGACCCUCUGUGUGACGGCAGCAGACUUCCCUGUAGGGUGUGUUGACAUAACUGUGUAUUGUGGCACAUUGGCAAUUGGCAAGACUCAUUUGCAGUACUACAACACUAUGGAGGAGAUAGGUCACCUUCUCGCAAAGGUGGCAGACCCUGUCGAUUUCAUGUGCCAGGCACUACAGGUGUCCUCAGUAGAGAUGCUGGAUCAGAGGCUGUCCUCCAUCUUGGUGGAACGCAUGCCUUCCAGAGGCUUCCAGGGCCUGCAACCUGAUGGCACACCUGAGACAGAAACACACCAAGAAAUACCUUCGCUCCUCCACUUUGCUGCAAAAAAUGGAUUCAAGGAUGUGUGCAGUGUACUGCUGCAGUGCCCUGGGGCGAAGACUGCUUUGCACACUCUUAACUCUCACGGUCAGACACCGCUUGAGCUUGCCCAAAGUGAAGGUCACGCUGAACUGCACAUUCUUUUGAAGGAAACACUAAAUCUCUUCACGGACGAAGACAAUGAAGAGUCCGGUGUGUACGAGCACAUGCAGAGGAGGACAGCAAGGGCCCCACGUGAGGAGCCAAGCGACCUGGAUGAAGAUGAGGAGGACCCAUACGCUCUGCUUGGGAUAAAUGACGAAGAGUAUGAUACAAUCUUGGCCCCAAGCCACACCAUGGUCAUUGCCAACCGCCCACCUGCACCCACACCCCGUCCUGAGACCACCCCAACCAAGGAGGACCAGACUCCCUUCAUCGCUCAAGUUUUCCAGAAGAAGAUGUCACAGAGUGACUCUGAAACUCUGUAUUCAUACCCCACAAAGCAGGCACAAGGGGAAGACAACAUUUCCUGUACAUAUGACACAUUUGUGCCAAGUCACCCACCAGGCCUGGAGCAACUCAUAGAGCUGCAGGAGAAGGUCAAGCGAGGUUCUCUAACUAUGGAUGAGGCUCUUGAGCAAUUCAGUGACUGGCAGCGAGUUCAAAAGGGCAUGGAUGCUAUUCAGCAGCAGAAACUCCGUCAGCUCAGAGCGAGCAUCAUCAACAACAGAGAAGAUGACCAGAGUAUCUAUGAUAAAAUCAGCAUUAUUCAUCAUACACCAGAUGUGAAGGAAUGUCGACGAGGAAGCCAGCCCGUGGAAACUGAAUUUUACAGCAAGCCGCUUAAAGGACAAAAUUCAAAUGUCUUGUGGAAAGCGGAUAAACGGUGAAGACCACACACAAGAGAAUUCACUCAAAGGCCACACACAAGAGACUGUGAUAUGCCGUCAAACAAGAUAGAAAGACCGCGAUGACCGUUUGCUGAUUGGUUUACUGUAUCAGUUCUGUUUGUGUGGCCUUGUACUAUUAAAUACAUUUACUGCACAUUUUCUCUUAUUUAAGCACAUUAUACAUUUUUGUAUACUCAAACAUACUUAAACAAGAACAUGAUUAAUAAAUGUAGUUUAUAACCUUUCCAAUUCACUUUUAUUUUCCUUCCCAUAUGAAUACAAAUCCAAUUUGUAUUUCAAGAUCAAUUGGUUUAGUUAAUUCCCGUUGUGACAGGAAUCAUUUUAUUUCUAUACUCAAGGGGGAGCUGUAAGUCUAAAUAUCCCAGCCAGUUCACAUAACACCUUUGUAGGGAGACAAAAUUCAGCUCUUCAUUAUACUCGUGUUAUUGUUGUUUUUCAAGUUCUAAUGUACAGUCAUUUCGGAAUAGGGUAACUGUCACUGACGCCAAAUAUUUGGUAGAUGAUAUUUAAAUUCUCAAAUCAGUUGAGAUUAAAAACUGAAAUGGUUUUCUAAUAAAUGCGGAUGAUUCGUUCAUAUUAUUUGACUAUUUUGUAUUUCAAUAGUUUCAUUGAAACUCUGGAUUCCUGAGCACCAUGAUCCUCCAUGAUGGUUCUCCUUACCCCUCACUCCCGAACAUUUAAAACAUGGGUGGCUUUUUAAUGGUUUUAAAGAAUAUUUUAUUAAAACAUGGCUAUAUUUUUUUGUGAUGUCUUUCCUCAUUGAGCAUUAUGCAUUGUCUGUGUGUUUUGUACCUGAAUAAAAUGUACAGUAUGGGAUUUGGG